CCAGUAUGGUAUCGCCAGUUGGCCGAUACGGACCGGGCUCGUGGCUUUUCCAUGACGGCGAAGUGGCGAUUCUCCACCGACACGGCCUCCAACCACCUCUAACCGCACAUGUGGAAGACCAAACGGAGAAUGCUACAGCCAUGAUUCGAUCAGGAGGCGAUCCUGACAGAAGGCCGUCGUCGGCGCGGAUGACUCCUACACGCUGUACAAAACGGUGACAGAGCUGUAAAUUACAGCCAUGGAUACGCAGAAGAAGUAUCUGUGCCCCCGCUUGGUCGAUUAUCUCGCCAUUGUGGGGGCCAGAUUGCCGUCAGUCUCUCGCCAGCCUGUGCAGGCUCCAGAAUUGUUGCGGAGAUAUCCAGUGGAAGAUCACAAAGAUUUUCCACUGCCUCUGGACAUGGUCUACUUCUGUCAACCGGAGGGUUGCACCAGCGUGGGCCCGAAACGCACAGCCUUACGAGAGGCCACUACCUUCACCUUUACCCUGACGGACAAAGAUUCCGGAAAAACGCGGUACGGGAUCUGCGUGAAUUUCUAUCGGCCGAUAGAAAGGGCAGGAAGUGCAGGCGGGGGUGGAGUGUCCGUCAGAAGGGACAAAUACAAUACUACGUUUAGGAGGGAGAGCUGGAGGAAGAGCAUGGAAAAGAGCACGGACUCGGCCUUUUCUAGCGACUAUAGGAGCAGUGCGGUAGGUCCUAGCGACUCAGAAAAAGAAUGUCCAAGCAGCAGAAGGGAUUCCGACACAUCCCAUAUACCGAGUGCUCCGAGAUUAGGCAUCACUGCGCCGAGUGGAGACAGCGAGAGUGGUGGUAGUCAUUCCCCGUCGCCGUGUGCAUCCCGCAGACGACAGAGGAUACGGAACCACUCUCUGACGUCACUCUGCAUCAUCUCUCAUCACCCUUUCUUUUCGAUGUUCCGGGAAUGCCUUUUUGUUCUGAAGAAGAUCAUCGACGCCUGCAACGAGAGCUCCUCGCCGCAAAAAGUCGGGGCUUCGAGGCAGACGAACAGAGAGUCAGUGUGGAGUGUGCUGACGGGACAAAUGCUCGAGGGCACGCCCUCGAUCGUUCUCCACGACGUCCGCGAGAUCGAGACCUGGAUCCUACGAUUGCUGAGCAGCCCUGUGCCCGUGCCGACCAAGACACGGGUCGAGGUCGAGAUCGUGUCGCAAAGUAUACAGCCGCCACUCUGUUUUGCCCUCCCAGACCACACUAGAUUCUCUCUCGUUGAUUUCCCUCUGCAUCUACCCCUGGAGCUUCUCGGCGUUGACAUUUGUCUGAAGGUCCUCACGUUGAUCCUUCUCGAGCACAAGAUCGUGCUGCAAUCCCGCGACUACAAUGCCCUAUCGAUGUCCGUAAUGGCGUUCGUUACAAUGAUUUAUCCUCUGGAGUAUAUGUUCCCCGCGAUACCGUUGUUACCCACGUGCAUGAGCUGCGCGGAACAGUUGUUGCUUGCACCUACACCAUUUGUUAUCGGAAUACCCGCUACUUUUCUAUUGUACAAAACGAACUUUAAAAUGCCCGAUGACAUUUGGCUGGUGGACCUAGACAGCAAUAAGAUUACCGCUCCGACUGGUCUGGGCGAUCAAUUGCCACCGUUGCCCGAACCGGAAGGCAGCAUCCUAAAGAACCACUUGAAGCAGGCGAUGCAACUGAUGGACCAAGCCGGCUCUGGUGCGAUGGCUAGCAUGACUCCGCAAUCGAUGUCGCUGGAACCUACGCCGAGGACAUCGCUCCAGGCUCCCAGCAGGAGGGAGAGCAUGACUUCUCACCUCUCUACCCUGAGCGUUUCGUCGAAGCACAGGCCAAGCAUCGAUCACCACGUCUACCCACAAGGCAGUCCACUGGGUUCGCCGGGUACAAUGACUUCCGGUGGCCGUCGAUCCUCUAUCUCCCAGUCAGCAGGAUCAUCGUCGCCCCAGAAACCAAUGUCUCAGGGCAACACGCCGACAUCCUUCAACCCGUUCAUCUACGGGAACGACGUGGACUCGGUAGACGUGGCGACGAGGGUGGCCAUGGUGCGCUUCUUCAACUCGCAGAACCUGCUGGCGAACUUCACCGAGCACACCAGGACCCUCAGACUCUAUCCGCGACCCGUGGUCGCCUUCCAAAUCAACUCUUUCCUGAGAUCAAGGCCGAGGGCCAGCCACUUCUUGAAUAAGUUUGCGAGGACUCAAGCAGUCGAGUUUUUGGCGGAAUGGUCUUUGACCCCGAACAAUGUCGCGUUCCUCAGGGUUCAGACAGGAGUGUUCGACCCGGUCCAGAUAGGCGAUAAAUCUAAAUGGUACGCUGCUGGGUUAGAACCUAUCAGUUUCCCUGUUUGGGACUCGGGCAGCUCUCUGGCGAACGCUUUGAAGGCGAUGAGGGAGCACGAGAGCCAGCCGACCGAUGAGAGUGGCUCGGACUCCGAGGCUGCUGAGAGCACUAGCUCAUCGUAUUCGUCUUUGAGCGAUUUUGUCUCGGAGCUGGUGUCCUCGGACUUGUCACCGAGUUACAACUGCUCGCAGGCGGCGCAGCCUCAGCCUAUGUCCUUGUCAGUGGACCCGAAGAACGUUUACAAUCCUCCGAGCACCUUGCAGUAUCCUGGUGUGGAGGAGGAGUCUACAGUCAGGCCAGAGAGUCCACCGAGCACCUCAUCCAGCCAUAGCGACCUCAGCAGUCCUAGCUUCAACAGAGACUCCGAGUUCGAGUUGAACCCGAAAACUCAAGAAGGUUCGCAGUCGACCAAUGAUAAAGAGGAGGGUGGUAGCUUUGAGUCAGACUCUGCAUCAACAAUAACACCACGCACAAUCCUGAGCGCACAAAGUUCGGUAGGACAGUUCGGGGUAGGCAUGGCCUCAUUAUCGGCUCCGACGGCCAGCGACGGUGAACGUCCUGCCGCUUCUUCCCACAGGACCUCGCGUAGAUUUGUCGUUCCUAUUGAGCCUUCGGGGGCGGUUCUCCAGCGACACCCGAGCGUCGGGAACGUUUUAGGGCGGGCCGGGAGCAUUAGCACGAGCACGGGGCCGCUUUUGCCCCGGCAGAUCAGCAGCAGUAGCAACGACAACUCCGAGUCGUCGACAGUUUCACGACAGCUUUCCGUGGGAUCCGGUAGUCGGAAGCAGUCCACGGAGAGCGUGCAGAGAGCGAACAGUUCCAACGUGACCGGUAACGGUGUUCUGCGACAGGGAUCCCAAGGAUCGCUGUUCGAGCAGAUCGCGAGCCAGGCGAAGGACCUGGUCCGAGAGACGACUAGGCAAAGUAGUCAGGACGGUCUUCUCGCUCAGAUGGAUAAGCUGAAGCAUCAGGCGAAGGAGAAGAUCACCGAGGCUGGUGAGGAGAGCCUAUUUGCUCCAUUAGAACAGUUAACGCAGCAGACCAAGAAGGCCGUGGGAGAGGCGACGAAGUCCGUGCAGGAGGCGUCGAAGACGGCUAUAGAGGCGAGCAAGACCGCAGCAGGUGUCAGCAAGAACACCUUGGACGAUUUAACGUACGUUGGCAAGAGCACUUUCGGAGAUCUGACGAAGAGCGCCAAGGAAGUAGCCGCGAAGAAGGGUUUACUCAAGGGCCUGGGUGAGUCGCAGCAAUCGCCGCCACCAUCGCCCGGCAUGAUGCAACGAAGAGAUUCGAGCAACACGCAACUGGUAGCGGACAACCGCGGCGGACGAAGGGACAUCGGACGUGAUUUUUUCAGCAAUAUUAGUAGCGAUUUAAAUGGCAUCGCUGCGCAAACGAGCAGCAUGUUUAGCGAUCUAUUCGGUGGUAAAAGUAGUUCUAAUCGAAACGCUGCUAUCCAGGCGCAGUCGCAGAAAGGCGAUAAGAAGACGCCUCUGCUAGGACCAUUCCCUAAAAGUAAAACGGGAUUAGUCGAGCGUUCACCAUUGAUCAAGCAUACGACCAGCAAGCCAACCGCGGAGGACAUUCAGAGAAUGCAAAACGCGGAGCGGUCUAGUACAAAUAGCGACAAUCAAGCUUUCCUCACCGAUGUGGUGAACCAGGUGUUAACGGGCGAAGGCGUCGGUUGGCUGAAGCUGAACAGGCUGAAGAAGCUGAUGGAGGAUGAGAGCUACCGGGAUCUGGUAGUCAGCAAGCUUAACAAAGGUCUGACUAGGAAGAUCAGUCCUGACGAUCACAUCGACGACGUGUGUGUCUCGAAGCCGGUUUAUAAGGGAAUGCUAAAGUGCCUUCAAGCAGUGGCUCACGGUCUUGGACACACUUACAAUAAUUUCGGACUCGGUGGGAUGGCUUCGGUCUUCCAGUUGAUGGAAAUUGCACACACUCAUUACUGGAGCAAGGAUCUCUCCGAGGGUGGCUUCGACAGCACCCUAAUGUCCCAAGCAUCUAGUCCAUUUGGUAGCAAGGAGAACCUGAAGUCGCCGCAAUCACCUAGUCAGCCGGAAGGCAGCGACGAACGAAAGAAAUCGGACACGCCGCAAGUACACCUGGAGAUGCCACACGGUCACACCUCCCCCGCAUCAGAAGGUAGCCAAUCGACGACGGACAUGUUCCUGGACAUGUUCACGAAAAAGGGAAAGUUCCUGAGCAAGCUGACGUCCUUCGACUCCGAGAGUGGGCGGGGAGGUGGAACAGGAAGCAGCGAAGCUUUGUCCACAGACGGAGGUAGCAUUAUCACUAAUCCUGCUUUUCGGCAAGCGCACCAAGCUUCUUUCCGAAGCACUGUCUCUGAUAGCGAAGUCGAGCAAGGCAAUUUCUCGCGACAGGCGAAGCAACGAACAGCGAGCGUUUGGUCGAGCAAGUCGUCGUUGAGCACCGGUUUCCGGUAUCAUGGUGGCAGUUUGGUGCCGACUACAAAUGCUCCGAGUCCAGAGGCUGCUAGAACGUACUUGUUUGAAGGACUGCUGGGAAAAGAGAGAUCAACACUUUGGGACCAGAUGCAGUUUUGGGAGGACGCAUUCCUGGAUGCAGUCUCUCAAGAGAGGGACAUGAUCGGCAUGGACCAAGGUCCGGGUGAAAUGAUGGAAAGGUAUAAAAGUUUGAGCGAAAGCGAGAAGAAGCGACUGGAACACGAGGAGGAUAGACUGCUGUGCACUCUGCUGCACAAUCUGACUGCAAUACUGGUGAUGUUGAACGUCGACAAGAACGAGGUGAAACGCAAAGUUAGAAGAUUGCUCGGGAAAAGCCAUAUCGGUCUGAUCUACAGCCAGGAGCUCAAUCAGCUUCUCGAUCAGAUACAUAAUUUGUACGGAAACGACAUAGAUCUGAAGCCCCUGACAUCGCGGCAGAUGCACCGACAGUCGUUCACAGUGCACGCUGGCGUCGAUGCAGAAGGGGAUCUUCGUUUCCUCGAGGUCCGUCACGACGGUCUCGUAUUGAGGUCCGUAAACGGUGUAAUCGUCGAGCGAUGGUGGUACGAACGUCUCGUCAAUAUGACGUACAGUCCGAAGAACAAAGUAUUGUGCCUUUGGCGGCGAAACGGCGGGCAGACGCAGUUACAUAAGUAUUACACUAAAAAGUGUAAAGAGCUCUACUACUGCAUAAAAGAUGCAAUGGAGAAGGCAGCAGCCCGGGGUCGAGGCGCGAAUACCGGUGUCGAGCUGGGCGGUGAGUUUCCGGUUCAAGAUAUGCGCACCGGCGAGGGCGGGCUCCUUCAGGUUUGCAUGGAGGGCGUGGGUCUCCUCUUCGCGAAUAGCAAGGAUUUCGAGUUUUUUGUAAGACUCGAUCAUAUCCGCAAGUGCGUUGCUCAGCAGGAUGGGAUCUUUGUAUUGGAAGAAUUCAAUCCUAAAACUAGACAAGUAAUUCAACGUAAAUAUAAGUCUCAAAUGGCAGAUCAAAUCUGCUACUCGGUACUCUGUGUGUUCUCUUACUUGGCCGCCGGGUUGGAGCAACGGAAACAGCCUAACCAGCAAUCGCAACCCCAGCAACAACUACAGCAGCAACUGCAACAGCAAAUUCAACAUCUUCAACACCAGCAACAGCAACACCAACAGCAACAGCAACAGCAGCAACCUCAACAACACCCACAACACCAGCAACAUCCUCAACAACAGCAACAUCCUCAAUCACAGCAACGCCAACAUCCGCAGCAACAGCAACAGCAUCCGUCACAGCAACGCCAACAUCCUCAACAACAGCAACACCAUCCGUCACAGCAACAUCCUCAACAGAGGCAACAACAACAUCAACAGCCUCCGCAUCCUCAGCAACCUCAACAACGACCUCCGCACCAAGGUCAUCAGCAACGCCAGCACCAACACCAACACCAACAGCCGCCGAACUCAGGUAGCAACAUCGCUCCGAAUCAUCAGAAACAAAAAACCUCGCACUUCGACACACACACGAAACAACACUGACACAGAGGCAGACACUCGCUCCCAUUUGUGCAUAAUUACAAUAAGUGUGCCCCCUACGCUUGCCUACCCUGGGUGUAAGUAUCAUUCCUAAACUGUAUGUCCCGUGAUCCAAUUGGAGCUCCGAAUUGCCCGUUUCUAGUCAGUCGUGUAGUCAGCCUGUUUGUUAUAAACUGACACUUAGAAAUUCGUUCGUUAACGCUCAAACGUUUAGGCCAUUUUUGCGUGCUCUUGAGAUCUUAUUGGCUCUACCCACAGAUUUCGGUUCUUUCACAAAUAUUGUUAGACUCCAUUCAUAUUCUCCAUAUCCUCCUAAAAAAGGAUCCACACAUAAAUAUUUUACAAAUCUAUUAGAUUUUCCAACUAAUGUCUUUAAUUCUCGCCCACAUAUUUUAGAUCAUCCUACAAAUACUUCUUGACUCCAACCAUAUUCUUCAGAUCCUACCAAAAAUAUCUCUUGGCUCCUCCCGUAAGUAUUCCACAACCCAUAAAUAUUUUACUCACAUUCUGUUAAAUCCUUCCACCAAUAUCUUUUAGACUCGUCCAUAUUUUUUAGUACCUCCCACGAAUACUUUAUAGCUCUUCCUAAAAAUACUUUUCUGGUCCUCCCAGAAAUCAUUUUUACUCCUCUCGCAAAUAUCCAUCUUUUACUACCAGCCUAAAACAGUCCAAUGAAGUUACUUAGUUUGUCUCGAAUUUGUAGAAUCGAUGGACAACCAACGUUUGAGCGUUCAUAAAUAACCAUAGAAACGGGCAUCAACCGGAGCUCCAGAGUGAAAGCGAGAUCUUCCAUCUCGUGGAACUCAGAAUCGCUCGUAAAACUAUGCCCAGUAUCAUCCUCACGCUAUCCCAGAGAGUCAGCUCUAAGUCUCUUCUAGUAUGUGUGGAAAGAAACUGUUAGACCUCUACGCGAGAAGGCAUUGAAUGAAAACGGGCUGAGAUUCGUGAAAACGGGACCUGUGGCGAGCAUAGAGACCGAAAUAGAGGGUGGCCUGUGAUCUGUACGGUGUUGCAGAAUUUUCUGACCAAAUUGUGAUACAUUAACAAUUUUAGUAGGACGUUUAAAUUACUAAUUUAAUACGAACAUGGAUUUCGGAACAACAUUCUAGAAACAAAUAAAAAUGAAACUGUAAUCAUCAUACGUGUUGCAAUAACAAGAUAAAACUUGAAGAAACAUUAAAAGACGAAUUAUAUUCAAACUACGAUCAAAAUUAAUUGUCUCGUGUAUAUUUAAUGCAACAUCUUCGUGUCUAUCUCUGCAAUAGACUCACAGUUUGGUCUAAAAUCUGAAAACACCCUGCGGAAUCGUGAAACCGGCAGAAAACGAUUCUCCAAUCAAAGACGAACAAAAAUCCGAUUGUCUCGGUCGCGAAGCUUACCGCGAAAUGUCUGUCACCACCGAUUAGGCUCGUUUUUAAUCAGACAAUCGUCUGAAAUCGGUUUCCACGAGGAAUCACGUGCCGCCCGGAAGCAAUUCGGUACAAUUCGGUGAAAUUGGCAGAGAACCAGACCAGCGAAACGAGAAUAAAAAUAAAAAAGCGGAAUCAGAAAAAUUGGCGGUAUCGAUUCGACACAAUCGCGGUAAUUAUUUGCAAAGCGGGAGUUGUUACGUGUGCAAAUUGAUGAGAAAAAGCGAACGGAAGUAAAAUAGAUCGGAGUCCAUCGCGCCGAUCGAUCGAACAUCGAAGACGAACAAGAAUAUAAUGAAUUAAAAGAGCAGACGAAGACGAUCUACUACGAAUACUUGCAGACUACUGCAUUGUAUUGUAUAUUUAGAGACAACACGAAAACGGAUUUCGAGUGGUAUAAUAAUAGAAAGAGAAAAAAAAACAGUAAAUAAGUAAUCGAACCGCGUACAGAGAGUUCUAGGCGUUUUAAAUCUUCUGAAAAGCCGGAUUCGUCCGCGUACGUUCUCUAGAGAUGUUUCCUUCUUUGAUAAUGUCAGUCGUGUGCACGUGUAGAGACGAUGUUGUGAUCAUUAUCCAGUUCUACCAACAAGUAUACUUCCCUGAGAACUUGCUUUCUUCGAGGGGAUCCCCGACUUCCCGUCUCCCAAUUCCCCGUUCCCCCUAACUCCUAUCGGAAAAAAUCGGAAAACCAGAGGAAAACGAAAAAGAAACGAAUGGCAGAAGAAUCGGUCCGAUUGAAUCCCGUUGAGAAACGAGAGGCUGUCGGGAUCGAGUCUAUUUCGUCGCCUAGAAGUGUUUUCUAUGAAUAGCACGUAAAGCAAUUCUGAGAUACAAUAAUAACGUUAAUUACCAUAAUCGGAGGAACAAUUUUGUAUAAAAUACAUCGAAACAGACUGUAACUGUGAUCGUCUAAUUUGAUGGAGAUGAAAAUGCUAUUUAAUUUCGUAUGCGGUCGCAUGAAAUAGCUGGUGUAUAUUGAAUAGGAUCGAUGCAAUAGAUACCUCUCUCUAUCACUUUCUGUCUCUCUAUUUCUCUGUCUCUGUCUCUCUUUCUCUUUCUCUCUCUCCCUCUCUCUCUCUCUCUUUCUUCCUCUCUCCCUCUCUCAUUUUCUCUGUCUGUCGGUUUCAUUUACGCGGAUGCUGUCGCGGGAAUUGAUGAUCAGAUGGAAACGCGCUGAGAGAUCAACGUCGAUCCAAAUUUUCAAGUAAAAUGUAGAUCGAUCACAGCAAUAUCAGUUUCUAGUCAAGAAAGAGUGAUUGUUAAAUGAAUCCGAGGGGAAAAAGGAAAUUUCGUGCGAAAGUUUCAAUGAGAAUUUCUCCCGAUUGUUUGAGUCUAUUGAUCAACUCGUACGUCUAUAUUUUAUUACGGACAAUGUCGAUUGUACGUAUGUAAUGUCGAGUGUUGAUUUUUCGUUUUUCCCGCCGAGUAGCAGACCGCAGUUUCUCGAAUUUGUUCGGCACUGUUUUCCACGGAUUUGUCGGUGACAAGGCGGGAAGAUUGAAAUAUACAAAAGACUUUGGAACCUCCACAUUAUCAUUGUUCUCCCGACACUAUCGUACAUCAUGUCUGUCAUCUCAUCUAUCAAAAGUUGGAGACCAAUGUUUACUAAGUACCACUAUAUCAUUUCAAUUGACUGUUUGAUUUUGUAUUACAGAUUUUACGUUUAAGCAGCAAUCGUAGUCUCCUGUAUAGACUGUAAUGGUAAAAGUGGACUCAAACUUGUGAUAGUCGACGCUAAUUAUUGCUUUGUGCACGCUGCUGCUCAGAAAUCAUGGAACCACCAUAAUUUCGGAAAUUCGAUCAAUUAGUUUCAUUUCUAUUAAUUAUUUAAACUGUACACCUAAAGUUGACCUAAAGUUUGCGAUCUAUGACUUAAACUAGUUUGGAAUCUUUACAGAGAUUGCAUAAAUAUUCACAAUUUAUUUACACAAACUAAAAGGAGUAUUUAAUUAUAGACCAUGACAUGAGAUGGCAAUGAAACAACUGAUUCAAAUUCACGGUCGACAAUUCGAAUUUUCUGAUCAGCAGCGUACCCGAGAAACAUUUUCUACAAGUAUUAUAGUUCCCCUUCGAAGAGCUCGGGGCUUCUUCUAUAAUAGUUUUCGUCUGUGAUCACGAAUUUCCUAGAUGUAAAGAAUUAGACUUCUAAUUACGCUUAAGUUCGACCCUCGCGCGUGUACAAUAGGAGGCUUUACGAUCGAAUCGCAUAUGUACUUACGUAGAUCCCGAGCGAUCCAAAGAAAUUCUGCAAACUGUCCCCCAUGCGCCCAGCAACAGAAAGAAAAAAAUAAAUCAUCACAUAUCUCGUCCGUCAGAGAAAUCAUCGCAAUAUUCUUUUUCUUGGCCUCUACCGCUCGUUCAAAUCGGUCACCAAAAUGGCGAACGCGUUCCUCCACUUCCGUUGAUCCUGAAAAUGUCAUUAAUAUACACGCAACAUUUUCAAACACUUACAUUCUCACUGAUUCUCAGAUAAUAUUCAAUAAGAAUUAUUGUUUCUACUAUAAAUAUUCGUAAAUGUUCAUUUGUUUCUUAUAUUCGGAAACACAAAUAAAAUUUGUUGAACAACGAAACACGUAAGAACAGUUUGUCACGUUUCUCAGAUCUUCAGAAGUGUAAUUUUAUAGAUGCAAAAAAAAGGAUCUGUGACACAUCUUCGCAAUAAAAAUUGUAUUAAAAGAAUUUGGAGCACCUUUGCAAAAAAAAAUUGUACUAAAAGAAUUCGAAACGCUUCCGAUACAACAAAAAUUGUACUACAAGAAUAUUACUUACUUAUAAUAAUAUUACUUAUUACUAAAAUAUCAUAAAGUCCGAAAAAUAAUUUAAUACAAAUUUUCUGUCAAAAAGUAUGAGAGACAAAUUUGUCAGAUUAAAUCUUCGGAAGUGCGAUCUACGCCUCCGCGAUUAACCGAAUCACUUCGAAAACAGGACAAGAGAGCAAGGCUUUAACGAACGAAAGAUUGAACGAGUUUUCUGUUUGCAAUAUCGUUUGAUAGAUAUUUUUGUUCGCGAAUUGGUUCCACGAAGACAGAGAUAUCGUUUGUAAUAUAUUCGCUCCGCGAUUCGAAUCGAGAAACGAGAGAUGGUUAGAACGAUAUCUAAGGGGACGUAGAACAUAGAGAAACGAUCGUCGAUGAUUCAUCGUAGGAAACGUUAUCGACUUGUUUCUAACGAGGUGAGAGAGAAUGAUAAUUAAUGAGAGGCCAACAGCUGUGUUUUGAGCCGAGGGAAUAGACGAUUCCGUCUCGCUCCGAAAGUUCCACCGAUAUACCUCUGACUUCUGAGACUCUCUCAUUGCCUACCGCCCACUGUUAGCAGUUCCUGUUUAGCGCUUGGACAAUGUUUUAGCGAGAUCAUUGUCGUUUCGUCGGGACGAACGUUCGUCUCGGACUAAUGUUAGAGUUCCAAUGGAUCAGGCUCGAUACAUUCAAUUGUAUAGUAACUCAGCAAUGUAGGCGCCUUAUAUCCAAAUAAAUACUUGUAGAUUUGA